UGCUUGAUCCCAAAUCCAUAGCACUAUUUUUUUCAAAAGAUCCCACAGCCAUCUCAUAAUCUGAGCCGAGUGUCGGAGGCCUGAAAACGAACCCUAAACGAUGGGUCAGGGAACACCGGGCGGUAUGAAUAGGCAAGGUUUCCCAGGGGACCGGAAACCCGAUGGCUCUGAUAAGAAGGAUAAGAAAUUUGAGCCAGCGGCGCCCCCAGCCAGGGUGGGGCGCAAGCAACGAAAACAGAAAGGACCUGAGGCCGCGGCUCGGCUUCCGACUGUAACGCCGCUGACGAAGUGUAAACUGCGGUUGCUAAAGCUGGAGCGGAUCAAGGAUUAUUUACUGAUGGAAGAAGAGUUUGUGGCUAACCAGGAAAGGCUCAAGCCUCAGGAAGAGAAAGCCGAGGAGGAUCGAUCUAAAGUCGAUGAUUUGAGAGGGUCGCCGAUGAGUGUGGGUAACUUGGAGGAGCUAAUCGAUGAGAACCAUGCGAUUGUUUCAUCGUCGGUUGGGCCUGAGUAUUAUGUGGGGAUUUUAUCUUUCGUUGAUAAGGAUCAGUUGGAGCCUGGAUGUGCUAUUUUGAUGCACAAUAAGGUUCUUUCUGUUGUUGGACUUCUGCAAGAUGAAGUUGAUCCCAUGGUAUCAGUGAUGAAGGUUGAAAAGGCUCCAUUGGAAUCCUAUGCUGAUAUAGGAGGUUUGGAUUCUCAGAUACAGGAGAUUAAAGAGGCAGUUGAGCUUCCUCUGACUCACCCUGAAUUAUAUGAGGACAUUGGUAUCAAACCUCCAAAAGGAGUUAUCUUGUAUGGAGAGCCUGGGACAGGCAAGACUUUGCUUGCAAAGGCAGUGGCUAAUUCUACAUCUGCAACCUUCUUGCGUGUUGUCGGAAGUGAAUUAAUUCAGAAGUACUUGGGAGAUGGCCCCAAAUUAGUUAGGGAACUCUUCAGAGUUGCUGAUGAUCUUUCCCCUUCAAUUGUCUUCAUUGAUGAAAUUGAUGCAGUUGGUACUAAGAGGUACGAUGCCCAUUCUGGUGGUGAACGUGAAAUUCAGAGGACCAUGUUGGAGUUACUGAACCAGUUAGACGGCUUCGAUUCAAGAGGAGAUGUCAAAGUAAUUCUUGCAACAAAUAGGAUUGAAAGUCUUGAUCCAGCUUUGCUUCGCCCUGGUCGAAUUGAUAGGAAAAUUGAAUUUCCCCUACCUGACAUCAAAACAAGAAGGCGCAUUUUCCAGAUACAUACAUCAAGGAUGACUUUGGCUGAUGAUGUGAACUUGGAAGAAUUUGUUAUGACAAAAGAUGAGUUCUCCGGAGCUGAUAUAAAGGCAAUAUGUACCGAGGCUGGCUUGCUUGCUUUAAGGGAGAGGCGCAUGAAGGUGACGCAUGCGGACUUUAAGAAGGCCAAGGAAAAGGUGAUGUUCAAAAAGAAAGAAGGCGUCCCAGAAGGACUUUAUAUGUAGUCUGGGUUUCAAUUGUUGUACACAAAGAUUUUUAAUUUUUUGGCCCCCUAUUUCUUCUGCCUCAUUAUGAUUUACGAAGCCAUCGACAUGAUUUCUUGCCUAUUUUGAAGGUCUUCCAAUGCUAAACUUUGCCCAAUUUGCUAUUGCGAAAAGAAAUUUCCGUCUCAAA